AUGGAUGCGGAGACGAACAAUCAGUGGCGGUUCGCCCAGUGUUUCGGAGACAAGGGCGAGGUAGAGGACAUCACGGAAGGCAAGUAUCCUGGAUCGCUCCUUUCCGAUAUCAUCUCUACGGUAGAGUUUGACCAUACGGGUGAUUACCUCGCGACUGGUGACAAGGGCGGUCGCGUGGUCUUGUUUGAGCGGAACGAAGCGAAACGAGGCUGCGAGUACAAGUUCUACACAGAGUUUCAAUCUCAUGAGCCCGAAUUCGAUUACCUCAAGUCUCUUGAGAUUGAGGAAAAGAUCAACAGGAUCAAAUGGUGCAAGAGGCAGAACUCUGCCCAUUUCCUUCUUAUCAUAGACAAGACAAUCAAACUUUGGAAGGUGUUUGACAAGCAGAUUCGUGUGGUCGCCGAGAACAACCACUCGGAAGGCUAUGGUCAAAACACUGGCCCUUCCCAGCCCCCCCUGCGCCUCCCUCGCCUGACGACCCACGACUCCAUAACCGCAGCCGUCCCGCGAAAAGUGUACGCCAACGCGCACGCUUACCACAUUAACUCCAUCUCCGUCAACUCGGACGGGGAGACUUACAUCUCGGCCGACGAUUUGAGGAUCAACCUUUGGAACCUUGAUAUCAGCGACCAGAGUUUCAACAUUGUGGAUAUCAAGCCGGUCAACAUGGAGGAGCUCACCGAGGUUAUCACUGCUGCCGAGUUCCAUCCCAUACACUGCAACCUCUUCAUGUACUCGAGCUCGAAGGGUACGAUCAAGCUCGCGGAUAUGCGAGACUCUGCGUUGUGUGAUUCACAUGCGAAGCUCUUUGAGGAGGAAGAAGAUCCCGCUUCUAAAUCCUUCUUUUCUGAAAUCAUAUCAUCCAUCUCCGACGUCAAAUUCUCGCAAGACGGGCGAUAUAUUCUCUCCCGCGAUUACUUGACGCUCAAGAUUUGGGAUAUCGCCAUGGACAGCAAGCCUGUCAAGACCAUCAACAUCCACGACCACCUUCGGCAGAAGCUUUGCGACUUGUACGAGAAUGAUUGCAUCUUUGACAAGUUUGAGUGUACCUUCAGCGGGGACGGAACCCAAGCUUUGACAGGAUCCUACCACAACUACUUCCGCAUUUACGACGUCAACUCGGACAACGAUGUCGUGCUGCAAGCCGACAAGUCUGCAUUCAAGGCCAAGAAGAUUGGCGGCGCGAGAGGCAAGGUGCCCGGGAAGAAGGAAGGUUUGCAGACGGAAGGGAUUGACUUUUCAAAGAAGAUUCUGCACGCGAGCUGGCAUCCCCGCGAGAACACUAUUGCUAUUGCCGCCACCAACAACCUUUUCCUCUACUCUACAUUAUCAUGA